CUGUAUCGUAAUUCCUAAAAAUACAGGGAUAUCUUUUGUGAAUAAUAAUUUUUCAUUUCCCACCCCUAUAUUCCCUGAAUUCUUAUUAGUACACCCAUCAUCACAGUCCAUGUUAAAUGGAGUUCAGUUCAGCACAGUGCGCACCCUUCUGAUAAUGUGCCCCCAAACGAACACUCACCGGAGCUCCGGUGAAACAGUCGACUGGAUCUCCGACGCAAUCAACGGCGGCUCCCUACGCCACGUCGACCUCCACACCGGAACCAAUGGCUGGGCCUCUCCACCGGGAGACCUCUUCUCUCUUCGCUCCACCAACUACUUCACAAAACGCCAGAAAUCCCCCGCCGGAAACUACCUCCUCUCGCCGGCCGGCAUGGAUUGGCUGAAAUCCACCGCCAAGCUCGAGAACGUGCUCGCACGCGCCGACAACCGCGUGUCAAACGCGCUCCGUACCCGGAAGAGCUUCAUCUUCGCCGUGAACCUCCAAAUCCCCGGCGGGAAGGAUCACCACAGCGCGGUUUUCUACUUCGCAACGGAGGAACCGAUCCAACCCGGUUCGCUUCUCGACCGGUUCGUGAAUGGCGAUGACGGGUUCAGGAACCAGCGGUUCAAGCUGGUGAACCGGAUCGUGAAGGGGCCGUGGAUCGUGAAGAAAGCGGUGGGGAACUACAGCGCGUGCUUGCUGGGGAAAGCGUUGACAUGCAAUUACCACAGAGGAUCGAACUACCUCGAGAUCGAUGUGGAUAUUGGGAGCAGCGCGAUUGCGAACGCGAUUUUGCAUCUCGCGUUGGGUUACGUUACUGCCGUCACGAUUGACAUGGGGUUUGUUAUCGAGGCGCAGGCGGAGGAGGAGUUGCCAGAGCGGUUGAUCGGUGCCGUUAGAGUUUGCCAGAUGGAGAUGUCGUCUGCUACUGUAGUGGAUUCGUUAUACGCGCCGCCGGUGGCGCGUGGGUCUGGGUUGGCUAAGGUGAAUUGCCAGGAGGACGACGACGUUGGAUCGGAGGCUUAAUUUGUUUUUUUAGUGAUAAAAUUCAUGUUUUCUUUCUUUUUUUUGGAUUUUUUGCAAAUAGUUAUUUUCCUUGUGGAUUCUUAUUUCCCAAUUCUUAAAUAUGAAUGGAAAAUAUUUCUUGUUUACUCUA